AACAUAGCUGUGCAGCUGAUUUAGCAGACGAUUGCCAGUGUUGGCUGGCUGAAAAAGGGACGUAGCAAAUGUGCGGAUUUGUUGUAAUCGAGGAAAAUUAAUGGAGUGACCAGAAUUCUCAAUUGAGAACUAAAAUUAACUGAUAAUCGCGUCACUCCAAAAUGGCCACAAUAAUAAUGAGAAAUUUUCGGGCCAUCGCUAGCCUAGCCUCAGUAGCAGCUCCGAAACGUUGUAUUUCCGCCUUUCCUGCGCUAAGAAAUCAAGCUCAGCCGCCAACUGCACCACCGGCUGAAAAAACAGAAGAAACACGUCCUACUGUUCGCAAAGUUGACCACGUUGCUCGCAGUCAGUUAACAGACUUUGGUCGCUACGUUGCUGACUGCGUUCCUAAGUAUGUACAAAAGAUUCAACUGACAGCAGGAGAUGAACUGGAAGUCUUGAUAGCACCGGAAGGAGUUGUUCCAGUUUUAAGUUUCCUCAAAGAUCAUCAAAAUGCUCAAUUUCUGAACAUAGUAGACAUUACCGCAAUCGACGUUCCAAGCAGAGACAACAGAUUUGAGCUCAUAUACAAUCUUCUCUCGCUGCGCUACAAUGCUAGAAUUCGAGUCAAGACAUACACGGAUGAGCUGUCGCCAGUUGACUCAGCCUGCGAAGUGUUCAAGGGUGCCAAUUGGUAUGAACGUGAAAUAUGGGAUAUGUUUGGUGUAUUCUUUGCCAAUCAUCCUGAUCUACGCAGAAUUCUCACCGACUACGGUUUCGAAGGGCAUCCUCUUAGAAAGGAUUUCCCAUUGAGCGGAUACGUCGAGGUACGUUAUGACGACGAAAAGAAAAGAGUGGUUGCAGAGCCACUUGAAAUGGCUCAAGAAUUCCGAAGAUUUGAAUUGGCUGCUCCGUGGGAACAGUUUCCUAACUUCCGAGGUGCACCGCCCAGUUCUGAGGAGAUACCAGUCGACAAGAAGUAAGCAUGUAUUAUUGCUCUGAUAUAGUAUACACAAUAAACAUGGAUUGAUUGUCACCAGAUUGUAUUAGUUGCUGUAGUUGUUUAUUUACAAUUCAAGUUCUCUAAUAUUCUUCUCAAAUCUGAUUUUACCAGAUAAUAGCGUACGCCGGUGUUGAUGUAUAACAACUGUACAAUUUUACAUUAAAAACUUUUGUUCGAGAA